AUGAACCUACACAAUUAUUCAUUGCACAUGGACUUCAUCAUGGUGGGAUUUUCCAAUUUCCCCGGCCUCGAAAUCUAUUUUAUUGUGUUUUUUGUUCUCUCUUAUAUCACCACUUUGAUGGCAAACUCAUUCCUGAUCCUUCUCACAUAUGUGAGCCCUUCUCUGACGUCACCCAUGUACUUUUUCCUGUCUAAUCUGGCCUGCCUGGAUAUCGUAUACACUUCCACUACUUCACCCAAACUCAUACAUAUAUUUGUUAUUGCCAAUAGUUCAAUAACAUUAUCGGCAUGCAUAGCGCAGUAUACGCUUUUUGUUGCCUUCACGUCUACGGAGUAUUUUCUUCUCACCGUUAUGUCAUAUGAUCGCUAUGUGGCUGUCUGUAGGCCUUUGCAUUAUUCGGUUCUCCUAAGCAGGACAUUCUGUAGAGCAACUUCUGUGAGUAUUUGGAUAAUUGGAUUUAUCGCCUCUGCGCCUAUUGCUGUUGCAACCUCUCAGAAUUGCUACUGUUCCUCCAAUGUGAUUAAUAAUUUCUUCUGUGACAUUGCCACCUUGCUGGAGCUGUCUUGCACCAGCACAGCCGUUACCCAGAAUAUCAUAUUUGUAGAAGGAGUUUUGUUUCUGACAACCUGCUUCCUGCCCACUAUAAUCUCUUACAUCUUCAUCAUCUCAACUAUCGUUAAGAUAAAGACUUCAGAAGGGAAACACAAAGCCUUCUCCACCUGUACAUCCCACCUGACCACUGUUACUUUGUUCUACUCUGUCAUCUUUGUUCUGUAUAUGACCCCGAGGUUGGCUGUCACCCAAAACCAACGCAAAGUGAUGGGUGUCCUCUUUGCCAAUGUCAUUCCCAUGCUGAACCCACUAAUAUACAGCCUGAGAAACAAAGAUGUAAAGGAUGCAUUGAGGAAUAUAAGGAAGCACGAGGUAUUUAGGCAGUUUAUCAGCAGUUAA